GCUCGGGGGUGCGUUCAGUCAGCUUCGAGCCGCGAGUGGGGUAAGUUGCGCCGUGCGCCGGCUCGCUGGCCCUUCGCAGAGCGAGGCACCCAACGCCGCCCCGCGCGCAUCUCUCAUUCUCGUCCGCCGAUAACGAGAAGAACAACCCCCGACGCGAUCGGCGCAUCGUCGCGCGCCGAUUCAACCGGCGCGGCGCGGCGCGCUCGUGUUAAAAAGCAAGUUGUGAGGUUCGUGAGGAUCAAGAAUCGACGCGCGGGUGAAUGCAUCGUGAUCGAGCGUUUCGCGAGCUUUUCUACGGCUUGGCUUGAGCGUCUUAGUUUCUACUCUUUCGCCCCCGAACUUGAUGACGACGAGGGGAGAGCAACAUCGGUGGUAGAGUCGCGGCGGGUCGCGUGUGAACGCGAACGGGGAACUUCAUCAUGCUGAGGGGUAAGAGGAUGUCGCCGUGAUGCUACAUCGAAGCGCUUCGUCGCGGCGCCGACGAGCGUCGCCAAACGUGGCAAACUCGAGCCAGCCAGCAUCUUCGACGAUGCGAGGUCGACGAGCGAGCGUAGCCACUGACAAACCCCUCAUCUUGCCAUCAACAAGCCCCAGCGGAACGAUGGAAAGGCAGCGGUCGCCGAGGGGUAGCGUGGUGCCGAACAUCGCUCUGGAUACCGAGAGCGACUCCCCCGACGAGGGAGGAAUCUGUCGCAGGAUCCUGCCGGAUCCGGAACAGUACGGUACCGGUCGCAACUCCCUGGCGCCCGAGGCGAGCCGCAGUCCGCGAAACUCUCUGAUACCCGACGAUUACUGUAGAAGCCCGCGGGGUUCCUUAAUACCGGACCCGAACAGGAGUUCACGCAAUAGUCUAGUACCCGAUAUGGUGCGAUCACCGCGGAGCAGCCUGACGCCGGACGUUUCUCUUAGUCCGCGUCAUUCUCUCGUGCCGGACUCGGUACUCAGCCCGAGGAAUUCCUUGGUGCCGGACGUGGCCUAUAAUCGGAGUCCACGGAACAGCAUGGUGGCGGUCGGUGGCUCUAGAGUAUCCCUCUUACCAGAGAACGGCAACGCGAUCGCGGCCGCCAAUCGCAGCCCCAGACACUCGUUGGUGCCAGACGCGACGAGAAGUCCGCGUGGCAGUAUGGCAAACCUGGACUUCGACCGAAGUCCGCGCGGCUCGAUCUGCCCGGAAACAUUGCACAGGACACCCAGGGGCAGUAUCACGCCUAUGGAGGUCGCGGACAGGACUCCACGCGGUUCAAUAGCCUCGGAAUGUCUGAACCAGAGUCCUCGCGGUUCCAUCGCGCCUGAUCCCACCAGAUCACCCAGAGGAUCGAUAGCACCGGACCCGAAUCGAUCCCCGCGCGGAUCAAUCUGCCCGGAGAGCAGCAACAGAAGCCCGAGAGGAUCAAUCGUACCGCACGAUCAAUCGAACCGAUCACCACGCGGUAGCAUAGGCAUGAACGACGCCGACAGACACUCGAGAGGUUCUCUUGGAGCUAUCGACGACGAAAACAGGAGUCCCAGAGGAAGCAUCGGACCUGAGGGAAUCAAUAGAAGUCCUAGAGGUAGUCUCGGAGGGCAUCAAGACAGACGAGCGCCGAGGGGCAAUCUGGGUUUGCAAGAUCCUAGAAGAGCUUCCGCGGAUCAGGGGAGCACGAGAAACCGAAGUUCCUCGCCUUAUCGUCAAAGAGAAGUGAGCUCGGGAAGUGUCAGAUCGGGCGGAAGUGGUGGCGCACAGGUCAAUCUAGGAUAUGGAACGAAUGCCUGGGCCGAUUCUAGACGGGCUAGCAGUUCCGUUUCGCAGCUUUCAGGCGACGAGUCGCGUCGGCUUUGCGCCAGCGGCGCGAAAGCACCUGAAAAGGGCGAUGCGGAAGCUGCGAAUCUCGGUGUGGCGACCUAUGGUUCGGUCGUGUUUCAGCUGAAAGACGCCCAUCUUGAGGCAAACGGCAUCUGCGACUUCGUCUUUCGUGCUUUGAGAGUUAUUAGCAAGACGAUGACAUUCACCAUCUGUCUGACCUGCUUGUCCACUGUGCCUAUAUUGAUGUUCAUCUUCGGUGUGCAGUUCAUUAAGGAUUGCCCCAAAGAGCCGUACAUUCCCGUGUACAUGCUGAUCGGGGGGGUUUUGGGCGCCGUGCGUAUGUUUUGGGCGCUGUAUUCACAAAUACGCAACCGAAGGCCGGAAGUCUUAUCCGUUCCCGCCGUCAGGCCACACGUCUCACCUAUGAAAUUACUCUCCAUAGCUUUAUCGUGCUUCCUGGUCGCGUGGUUCGUGUUGGGACAAUACUGGAUACUGCAUAUAAUGUGGCCAGAAUACGAACUUUCAUUGUAUGCGCCCAAUAUGUGGUGUCACAAGACGCUCUAUAUUUUUUCUUUGGUACAUCUAUGCGUAAUAUACGCGGUUUUAUUUGUAAUAUUAAUAAUGGCGAUCGGCCUGGCUUUCUGCAGAAUUUUGGAAUGCCCUUUACCGGAAAGAUACAAAUAACCACGGCGAUCCGUUCGUCAGAAUAAAAUCCGUGAGAAGAAAAAAAAGAAGUUGACGGCCGGAGCUGGCGGCUGGAGUUUAGAGAGACGCAAGGUUCUAGAAGAUCUGGAGGAGGAGGAUGAUGACGACGACGACGGUACGCGGAGCGAUGUUGAUCUGGACGAGGACAAUUGCGGCAACAAGAUCGUACAGGAGGUGAAGUAUUGUAGUAAAGUGCAGUUUCGUGCGCCGGAUAUCAUCGAGCUGUGAUGAAUAAACGAUGCCCCGGUGAAAGGAUUCCGGAAACGGCAGAAGCGACUCGUGAUCUCAAAAACUUCCCCUAACGCUAACAAGCAUGCUGGCCGCGAGGGCAGGAUUUGCAAGAUGAAAGAGGACGGUGAAGGGAAACGGAUAACGAGGUAACGCGAAAGGAAAGCGCCGUCGAAGGUCGACGGAGGAUGUAUGUCACUUUCGAUAAUCGAGGUCUCGAGUCUCGACACGUGCGAGACCCCCGUGAUAGAGUCUAUGCAUUUUCCGCUGAGGGGAAAUCAGCGUGACGGAAAUGUAUCAGCGAGGGAUCCCGAGGAUCGCGAAGAAAUUAUCUCUUGGCGAAUGCAGGCGGAUACAAUGGAAUGAAAGCGCGUGUGUAACCCUCAUCAUUCGACUUACCCCAAUUAAUUCGUAAAAUAUCGAAAGAGAAGUAAAUUCCGCGGUAACAUUGAAGCAAUGUUAAAAAAAAAACAACACAUGACUUUCAGUAACACGAUCCUUUUGAGAUGUUAAUUGAGAUGUUAAAGUAUCGCUGUCAAACUCUUAUUAUUUGUAAUUUCACGGAAAUGCGCAUGGCAGGGGAUUUACAUAAUUUCCUGGAUUUAGCCGGAUGUGCAAUAAAGGAAAUCCGAAAGGAAACAGACUGAAACUUUCAUCGGCGAAAGAAGAUUACCCCGAAGAAUGCUUGUAAGAAUGAUACUAGGAUUGGAGCACAUCUUCGCAGAAUAUUUUCCGAAGGAUUUCGUCCCUGUGGUAUCGAUCUAAGUCGAUCUGCCCUAGCUGCGGUUUGGCGAAGAAAUCGAUACGGAGCCUCCCAGUCGUAUCAAAACAAGGAUCUCCGAUUCUCAUCGCCCUGCUCGUUUCUCUCUUUUUACGCGCCAAUUAAAUGCAGAAAUUGAAUUUCGAAGCACGUAACAUAACUUAAUUGAAUUAGAAAUUGAUCAAGAGCAAUACAUUUUCUUUCCUCCCGGAAAUAUUUGCCGAGGAACUCAACAUUGUUUUAAUAUCGAUUCGGCGUGAAUAAUUGUCAGAUCUACAAUCAUCGAUCUUCCAAUUUUAAUUUAGCCGACGUAAGUCUAUUGAUUUUCUCCCUGAUUUUUAUCGUGUAACUUCCAGUAAGAAUGCAAAUAAGCCAAAAGAGAAAUGUAUUUCUUCUUAGCCUGUCAUAAGUAACUGUAAAAACUUUGAUCAAAAUGAAUAUUUUGAAAUAAAUUUGUCCUGCAAGACUUCUCUUGGCAAUUGGAGAUCUCGAGCUCGAGUUUAGUUAAUUCUCACGUAGAUACGCCCCCGCGGAAAACACAACGCAUAGCAAACUCGACGAAGCACGUUUGAAGGCUGCACAAAGUUGGAGAAUUCGCGGAAGUCCUACGACUACAGUUUUACGAUGGCGUAAUGCCUCGUGUAAAGUUGUGGCUCACUCAAACGUGAAGAACUUCGGAUUUCACGGAGUUCCGUGUUAUUACACUUCGAAUGCCUGAAGAAGCGAAGAAAUAGUGAAAAAGCCAACACACGAAGGAGAACGAAACCAGGUAUCAACUUAUCGAGCGGUAACGACCACCCUACGACGACGACGAUGACGACGUGUUUCUGCCGACACAACGCGCAAAUCCGCUUCAUUGAAUCAAGUCUGGCGAAAAUAGUUCUACUGAGGCAACUGAGUUCCUCUCCUCGCUUAGUGACGGAAGUGUUAUCGAGAUUAUUUGUCCCGGUCAUUCGAUGUUCUCCGUCGUGAAGAUAACUCGUGCGGAAUUUAAUGUUCGCCCGCUGGAAUACACAGCUGUAAUUCGUAAAUGUGUUAAAAUUUUCGAUCAUUUUUCUUCCGAUAAUAUCGAGCGCCGGCCGAAGGUAAGUAGACGUUUAAGUGGAUGAUUAAGGAUAUUUUAACACGAGGUAGAACAUGUAAAAGGAGGCGGAUCUCGUAUUAUCUUUUUUACUUCGUUUUUUUGUGUCCCUCUUUAAGUCAAAUAAUAAAAACCUCAAUUUUUCAAAUUAAUCUCUUUCUUUGAGGAAAGAAUAUAUAAUAGAUAGCUCAAAUGAACAGAGGCAUUCAGUCUUUGCAUUUUAUACGAAAUUUAUUAAAAUUUAUAACGUAACUUUUCGCUUCUUUAUUCAUUACUGCGUUCAAAUCGCUUCUUGCUUUCGUUUAAAAUACUCUGUUAUGAUAUGUCAGACCAGAAAAGAGGCGUCGACUCUCAAAAGGAACCAAGCGCACCUUGGCGUAUAACUAGCGAGCUGCUAGUAGCUGCGUACUAUCGACUAAUACACCAAUCUUAACGCGAUCGAUUAAUGUACUCGUCGCGAGUAAAAUUUUUCGACCAUAAAAAGGAUUUUGUUGUUACAAACAGAUUUUCGUACACAUACAUGGAUUAUUGCACAGAUACACGGAUAUGCUCACACACGCGUACUACUUUUUUACAAAUAUUUGUACUGAGCAUGACGCCCAUAGAUCGUUGUCGCUCUCGUUUCGCUCUUCGAAUUUCACGGGAUAAUAAUGUAAAUAGUAUGAUUCUCGCGUUAUCAUUCGAGAAAUAACGCAAUUAACGGGAUAGAAGUUAACGAACCAAUUAAUGAUACACCCAACGUUCUUGCUGGAACAUUACCUCGGUUCAAUGCUCAAAUACGCUUCUUUCCAGAAACCCGACAAUUAACUGUUUUCUCUCUUAAUUUUUUUGUGAGAAAAUUGUUUUCCAAUCAUUCCUUGCAAAAGAAAGGAAGUGACGAAAGCAUAAGGACAAGAAGCAGCAAAAGAGAUUGUAUCGAUCAUGCUGAUUUCAUAGAAAUGGUAGACGAACAGAAUAACAGAGUAAAUCGAGUCAAAGUUGAAAGCCUCUGCUUCAAAUAAGAUGUAAAAAUUGAUGGGUUACGAUCAGAAUGCAGAUUAAAUUGAGCGAAAGUAGGUCAGUGAGCGGGAUUCUAAGUAAAAAUGCGAUUCAUCCUGCGAUCCUUUUCCUUCGCAGGUGCUCUUUAAAAUACAUUUCGACGUUAUAAAAAUUAUUAAUUACUCAACAAAACGAUACGCGUGUAAAAAUAUCGAAUGUAUAAAUGCUCAUAAAUAUAUCGUUAUCUCAAUGAAGAAAUUUAAUCCUAGAGUGCUACCGUGGGUAAAUUUCCACUCAGGAGCUAAUUCAGUAUUUGCUAUUAAAUAGCAGCGCUAUCCAGGAGCUUGUGGUUCCACCUAUUUUCCUCUUUAGUCUAUAUUUAUGGACAGUAUCAGAUCUACACUACGUUCUUUAUGACCUAUGAUUUUAAGCUUGCCUGAGUAAAUAUUCACCUAUAAUAGUGUUAAUGUAACUUGUUUAUAAUUUUUUGCAAUAUAUAUUAUAUUUUGCAAGUAAGUUUUUUUUACAAAUUAAUCAAUUAUAUGAAUAAAGAAAUACUUAAAAGAAAGCUAUUUCAGCAAUUUUAAAUAAAUCUUGCGAUAAUUUUUCUGACUAUGACAGUGGUAUCUGUCAGAAUAUUAUUUUCAGUAGUAUAAAUCAAUAUAUAAUUAUCAUUUGUCAUUCAAAUAAUAAUUAUAUUGAUUUAUUCCACUUAAAAAGACAGACAAAAUCAUUUAUUAGUCAAAUGACAUCUACCUAUUAAUAAACAGACAGAUGUCACUUACUUCUUUUAUUUUUAUUUUCAACUUUUAUAUAUUUUUUAUAUAUCCUAUCUUAUCACCAAUUGGAUUUUCGGAAAAAAGUAAUUUUUUUAUUCCUAGAUACCAAUUCAGUUUUAUCACCUUGCAGCUUAUAAAGUAAACAUAAAAAGACGUAGAAAAAAUUUUAAUUGUGUGAGUAAAUUUAUAUCUAUAAUAUUAACAUUAAAAAAAUAUGAGUAGCGCUCUAGGAUUAAAACACAGAGUGUUUCAAUUCUGUUCUAAGAAAUUUUCCGAAUUGCAAAAUUUAUCACACUAUAUUCGACGAAUAAACACGCUGUUUUAACUUACGAUAAAAAUGUAUAAUGCUAAACUUAGGAGACUUUAUAAUUAGGCCGACAGUACAUUUCAUUCUGUCGACACACCGUGUAAUGCGUGUUAUGAACGCGUCUCGAACAUCCUGCGUAAAGGACUUCGAUCCAGGCGUCGUCUUUUUGCGAUUACGACGCGACCGAUCGCGCCUCAGUGCAAAACAAGAAAAAAAUAGAUCGAGAGAGAAGAAGGAGAGAAAAGGAACAAUGCGUCAAUUAAAUCAGCAAGCUUCGCUCCAAGCGUUGAGUGCAAGGGUAUGUCUCGCGAGGGCAGAUUUUGCAUUAUUAAAUAGAUACCGAAAGCAGUGAUUGUAGACAUAUAAAGAUGAGACGUUAAAUUCUAACGUCAACGAAAAUUUCAUCGGGAACGCGUAAAUGUGCUCAAAUCUAAUAUCAUGACAGAAAACACAUAUAUUUUUGCACGUAUAUAUGGAUAUUUGUACGCUCGUUUAGCUGAAUAUUCUCAGUUCUAACGCGAUCUAUUUGGGCGGAUAAUUUGUAUAAUUUUUUUUACAUAGAAUUAGAACAAGCCUGAUGGACGUUAACUAUAACAAUUCCAUACAUUAAUAUUUCUUCUUUAUGUAUCUAUAGUCACUGUGUCGGGUCAGACGAGUAAAUGCUUUAUAAACGGACGAAAAAGCAACAGCAUUUACUCGUAUGACGCACAUUAUGCGUGUAAAUAUAGAUAUACUCGUACGAAAAUAAGAGAUAAUUUCUCCGAUAACAAAAAUUUGACCAAACGUAGCGAUAGGCGAUCUACGAGAAUGAAAAGCGUUUCAACGGGCCAUUAAUUCUUGCUUCAGGUACAUCGUUCUUGUGUUUGCAACCUGCGACUGGUUCGAAAACGGGUCCAUACUUUAUUUAUUACUAAAUAAAUACGAAUAAAUAAAUACGGUGAUUGUGUCGUACAAUUAAGGCUGUGUGGCUCAGCUCGUCAGCGUGCACGCAAACGUAAAAUGAAUUUCCGCUGGGGACGCGCCUUCUACCAUAUUUUCGUACUUGUCAUUUACCAUAUAUUAUUUCAACGAGUAAAACUCUCAAUCGAACGGACGCUAGAAAACGAGAAUACGCUUUACUAUUAUUUGUUUGUCACGUACAGAAUUACCAAAUAAAAUAAUUCAAAAUAAAAAAAAAACCAAUAAUACGGAAAUCGAAAAUGUAAAAUAAUUACCCGAUUAUAUCGUCAUUUUUGAUCAAAAGUUUUUGAACGAAAACUAAUUAAGAUUGUGUCGAUUAAACAUUGAGAGCAUGGUUCGCUUGCUUUGAAAUAUCGUAUGCGCUUGAACACAAAAUGUUGCUGCUGGCUUUCUCUAUGAGAUGUAGCAUUUCAUUUUGAUAAAAUUAAACAAUAAAAUAAUGUAUACCUUAUCACGUCAGACAAGGCAGAAGUUUUAACGGAAUUGUGACAGGUAAUAGUUAAAUUGAGGUUUUAUCUAUAUUGUAAAAACGCGAUGCUAUCACAGUUGGUUUCAUAAAAACAACGACCAUACGUCACAGUCAUACAUGACAGCUACGGAUAUAAAUCAUAUGAUGGCCAGAGACACGUGCCCAUACAUAUGAAACUCACGUGUGACUGAGGAAAUUCUGGACAAGAGUGUGAAUAUUUGAAUGUAAAAGUGACCCAAUUCCAAAUAUCAUAUUGAGUUAAACUCACUAAGUUUUCCUACGACAUGACAGUUUAUCACAAAGAACACAUAUAAGAAUUUCGAUUAUCCGAAAUAAUGUUAAUGAUAAUACCGUUAUUUUUUUUCUUUCUUUUUCUUUUUCUCAUUAACAAGAUAUCUAUUAUUAGGUAUUAUUGCGCAAAAUGUAUUCUCGCUGUGCGUUUAAUGGCAAACGUACCCGCUGUUCGCGAUGUUACAAUACGCCGGGAUACAUCACGGCAUUAUAUUUGACGUAAACAAAAGCUUUGGAUGGGAAAACCACAUUGAAUGCAAAAUGUGCGACGGGGAUCCAGAGAGAUUCGUCUUAGCUCGUUGAAAUACGAGCUCACUAGCUUGCGUAGGUGACCGACAGUAAAUUGUGCAUCGAUUUUCAUUCGCGAAAAUUCGACAAUAGUUCCCGGCUUUGCGGUAUCUAUCCCGAAGCAGAUAGAAACGUAGUAGGAAAAGCGAAAAAGAGAGAGAGAAAGGAAAGACGUGAAUCGCGGUGCUGAGCGCUACACUAAAUCUCUGUAUUUUAUAUCAUUUUGAAAUCCCGAGAGAACCAAUUUGAAAUAAGGCUAAAUUGAUGAAUAAAGUAAAGAUCCAUAUCAAGCUUUCAUUUAAGUAAUAGACAACUAAUUAUUUCUUUUUGCGCAAGAUAUAUUUUAAAAAAUGUGAACCAUGCGUUUAACGUAACCAGCAAUUUAAAGUCUUUUUUGCAUUUAAAAAUAAUAAAAGGUGCACUAAAUAAUGUAUGAUAUGUUAUGACGGUAAUAAUGCCAAAAUUAAAUAAAACACAUUUUUCUUGAUAAAUCACAUUAUUAUUCGCGCGUGAAUGUAGUGCAAUCAUGUAAGGAUUCUUACUUAACAAAUGUACAAAUGUCAACGAAUGUGGAAAUCUGUAAAUUAGAGAAAACUACAACGAGAGAGGGAGAGAGAGGAAGAGAAAGAGAGAGAGAGAGAGAGAAAGUAUGCAUUUGUAUGUAUAUGUAUCGUGAGAAUAUAUUAUUGACCCGUCCACGAUCUAUUCUUGAUUGCUUAAUCGUGAAUAAUUACGAGUUAGGAUUGUCUAUAAGGAUAAUCGAUCAGUACAGUGCGUCCUGUAUAUAAUGUGUCGUAUGUGAGCUACUAUGUUGUUGAUUAACUAUUUGGGUUAUCAACGGCGUUCAUGUUCGGUAUCGUUAAUGCACAUGCGUGCGUUCGUGUGUGCGUAAGUGCGUGAAUGCGCGUGAUAACGUCGAUAAUGAUAACGCUAGAAUGGAAGGCAUUCUGAUUUUUGCAGCAAUCUCAUGAUCAUGCAUUGUCACGGAUCGGAGAUAUAUUCUGCUAUUAAAAAAAAAAAAAAUAACAAUUAUUUUGUGCAUUUAUGCAAGAUUUCGUUAAAAAUUCGUGUGGAACGGUUUAUAUCGUUCCUAAAAGCACAUUAGAAAAAGAUACCAUUCUAGAGUUAACAACUCGCCGAAAAUAAUGACAAAGAAUCGCGAAUGUUCGUUUCCGACUAGAAUAAUUAGUGUAUGAAUCGAUUAAUCGCUUAGUGAGAGACAGUGACAGAGAGACCUGAUUUUUCAUUCAUUCCACUGGUACUACGUUCGUACGGCGUUAUGUGUUUUUUGUCUUUGUGUAGGAACAAACAACUAUUACGAUGCCUAAGCUAACAGUUAUAAAAUGUACGAGACACGCGUAGGAUAUAUCUAAUGUAUAUAACGAUAUAUCAGUCGAUAUAGAUGAUAUUUUGUCUUGAUAAUUGCGCGAAUGCGGCGUAACUUUAUACUCGAGGAUAAGUCGGCAGACGGGACGUUGUGAUAAAUAGUGUAUCAUAUAUCGAAUAAUUUGGAAGACCAUCGAGAUAAGGCCCGAAUGAAAUCUCGAUAUGAAAUCACAGUCCUCUCCCCGGCUUCGGUCCCCACCUAGGUAUAAGGUAAUAUAUAUCAUCGAGAUUAGAACAAUUAUGUUACCAGACGUACUGUUGAGAUGUCGUUGAAUUUCCUAGGAUAGAGAAGUAGAGUUUAUUUAUUUUUAUACUGGACGCCCUCUCUCCGCCAGGUACAGCAGGGUCCGUUGUACCUGAUUGGGCACGUGGGAUACCCGUUAUCAAUAUGCGCGACAUUUUUCGGUUAAUUCGGAAAUGUAUGCGCGCGCGGUUCAUCAGUUCUCUCUCGUGUUGAUUUUCCACAGAUAAUUGCAGAUCCGUUUCGACGCUGAUUAUCGCUGAAAAACGUAUGUGCGCGCGCGCGUCGAUUGUUUAAUCCUCGUGGCGCGAAACGAAUAAGUGAUAAACGUGCGGAAACGAUUAGUAUUAGCGUUAACAAUGCGAAUGAUCGAAACGCGAUACGCGAUUAAUGAUACUUUAUCCACUACAAAAUGUAUAAUCCGCCGAAAAUGUAUAACGGCCGAGUACAUCGCUACCGCUGGUACAUCGGCCGGUACAUUCGAUUCAAAGACAUUUUGUCCCCUCGAAUCGCUCGGGGCGUCGACUUAUUAAGGGUGGAUUUUUGCCGGACACUGCGUUAUGUGUUUUAGCGAUACGUACGUGUUUUUAGCUAUUAGGAUUAUUUGCACGCGCCAAGUCGCGAAUUGUGGUCCAGGCUUUAACGUAGAAUUUACAUGCAGCGUCACGCAGACCGUUUCUCGUCCGUCGCGACGAGACGUCUCGUGCAUACAUCGAUCGUACUUUUCUACAUCAUUUUCGCCCUUAACGAAAUAACUUAUGGUUGGUCGCUUCGGUCCAAUUUCGUAGUUACAUCUAGAGUCCUCUUUCAGCCUCUUGCGAGCCUCGCGUGCGCGACAGUGGCGUAAGUCAGGAGCAUAAAUCGUGCAAUGGAGAAUUCGAGAACUUAGGAAAUUUCUAAGUGUUACACGGUGUCGAAUUAUAUAUUAAAAGGGGAUUAAUAAAAUUUAGCGAUAGUAGUUUGUUAAAAUUUACGUUUAGAGGAAGAGUAUUAUUCAUCAAUAAUUCCAAGAGAAUUGUUAAAUAUAUACGUGGUUGUCGAACGCUUGUUAAAUUUAUUCGACAAAUUUAUAAAUGUGUUAAUACGUUGCAAAUUUUAAUUCCUCGUAGAGAUUAAUUAGUCGCGAAAGGAUUUUAAGGAACGAUGCAUCGGUGUAAUAAAGCGUGCAUAUAAUUGCUCGAUGAAUGUGUACGAAUAUCAUGACGAAAAAUUGCCGUUAAAACUCCGUUUCUCGCACGAGUUUUAACUGCAAUUGACACGUAUGCACAUACGUAUAUUCGUGUUAAUCCCGUUACGCCACUGUGCAAAAUCGGUGCUUGUUUCAGCGGAAAUCGAUGCACUCGUUCAUGCUCAUCACGCGUACCAUACACACCGCGAAUAAACUUUCCUCAAAAAGAAAUCGCAUCGAUCGAACGCCACGAGAAGCGACGUCGGAACUUAUAAUUUCCCGUCGCAUUAAAAAGAAGAUGACAUGUAUUCGUUAUUUCCGCCAUGAUUUAUUAUCAUGUUCGUAUGAAAAGAGUUUGAAAACAACGAAGGAGGAAAUUCGAGUCUUUCGCUUCAACAAGUUAUCAUCAACGAGAAUACAAUAAAUUCUUGAUAAAAUUUUUUUAUGAAAAAUUUUCAGAGACAAAAAUUUUGACGAUUAUUUUGAGAACUAUUAUUAUUCUGUGAAUACUGCUGGUAAAAAAUUUUUUAAACUUUCUUGUAAACUUCAAAAUUUUGCAAAAAUUUUCUGUGAAAAAUCUAAGAAAAGGAAAAAAUAGGCUUUCUUAAUAUUUCUGAAGUGUUUCAAUUCAUAAAAAUUUUGAGAGAAAUUUUAAUUAAGAAUUCAAACGGAAAAACAGAAAAUAAUUAUCGCGCAUAUAAACUGUGUUACUGAUAAAACGCGCUAAUUAAAACAGGUAUUAAGUCAUUAAUAAAUAAUCAAUUUACCUAUACACGGUUUACGUCGUGUUGCACAAGUAUUAUCCCGGUGACAAUUGUCAUAAUUGCGACACCGUAAUCAAAUUUACUUGGAUAACGGAAUUAUUGACGCGAGUUAUUGGUAAAAUAAGCUUCGAUGAUUUAUAGCGGAGUGUGCCGGAAUCGCUCUGUACCGUAACAAUCAUUAUCCCGUAACAGUAGCGGAUACGUAUCGAUCGUCAUAAACCGCCGUUACUAUUGAUUUUGUUGUCGGGCGUUUCAUUAUUCCGUCGUGAUGCAGUCGCUUGAAACGGGAAACACUAACUGUCCGAUGAAAAUAGAGAAUCGGAUAACGUUGCACGGCAAGCCGUUUAGCGCUCGUCGAUCCAACCGCACACGUCGAUGCGAUUUCGAUGCAAUUUUCUUAAACGCAAAAAGCUCUUCGUUUGCGAUUUUCAGUCUUUUCCACACAGCCGCGGAUUGCUGUUGCCGUAUGUAAAAUAAAUUCGCUGAUCCGCGACUCGAUCGCACUCACAUGUUAACCGCUAUACGAAGACUUCAAGGGUCCAAUCACGGCUUUGAAUCACACAAUCAGCAUAAGUCACGCUAUAAUACAUAUACGACAUCUCUCGUCCUCUUGUAAUCAAGUAAGUCUUAUACGCAGUUUUAAUGAAUUCUAAUGCCUAAUCAUAUCCCUUAUGAUAAUCCGCGUUUGUACAUACAUAUACAUAAACGAUGAUAAACUUAGCGGCAAAUUCAAUUUAAUGCGUUUUAUUUGUCAGUUCAUAAAAAAAAAUAGAUAUUACUUUUUCAAUUAAAGAAAAAGUUAAUUUAAAAGAUAAAUUUUACUUUAUUUUUUUGUGUUCUUAUAUUGUUAAAUCAUGUUCUUGCGGAAUAUUUUACAAUUUCGCUCUUAAAUUUAUUGAAUAAAUAAUAAUUAAAGAACUAAUUAUAAAAUUAGAAUAAAUAAAUAAAUAAAAUUAGAAUCUCUAAACAGUCGCUAAGUCUUAUUUGCUCGUACAUUAAAGUAUUGUAUAACCGUGCUAAUUUAACUUUGCGACCUACCAAGUGUAAGAGACGCGAAUACAAACGUCAUUUGGUCGUUGCAAAUUUAGGUCAGCACAGUAAUAUGCAAUCUGAAUCUCAUCCAGUCGCAACAUAUCGCUUUAAAAGUAGUCACGCUAACGAUAAAACGCGGUACGCAUUGCGAAUCAUUAUAAAUGCUCGCAUUCUUAUAUACCGCACAUUUAGCGCCAACUGCGGCUGUCCAUUUGCGAGCUUCUCCAUCAAAUUAAAAACAAAAGAAAAGAAACAGAAACGCAACAAAACACAUAGUACUAAAUGAUCGAUGAAGAUACAGACCAAAGUAUCUUUAUAGAACGGAAUUACAGGUAGCACUCGCAAUUUGCGCGAUUGUAUAAUGAGGAAAAACUAAAUGGGGAGCAAAUGAGAUUCCGCCAGAAAUUUCUCCUCCUCUUUAGCGCGCUGCUGUUUCGCGCGUUUCGCGAACGGGGCAUUUACUGGAACGCGCAGAUCGUCAACUGCCUGUAAUGAGCCUCAAGCUCAUCGUCGUAGCAGGUGCGAAAGAACGUUCCCUCCCAAAGCACGUUCUGGUUUUUUGUGCGAAACCUCCGUGGCGCCUCUAACGAGGCGUAUAUUCGUUAUUAUGUUUGCGAUUUCCGAGAAUCAGCAAUCUUUCUCGUCGGGAAUUCCCCCGGUGUCUGCAACGAAUAGACGCGAUCUCGUUCGCGCGAUGUAACUUUCCGCGUGAUAUAUUGCAGGCGCGCGUACGUGAAGAUCCCAUUGUACGCAUUCUGCACAUUGAAACGUUUCUACUUUGGUAAAGCAAAGAUGGUACAGGAAGAUGUAAGCGCACCCACCAUGUAAUUUCGUCGUCCUAAUUAUUUGGUAUCUCGGUUAUGCAAUCCGGAUAUUCUCGUGAUUCCGCUAAAACUCAUUCUCCAAGAUAACAUCUACAAUCCGUAAUUUUAUCGACGCGCAACAUCUUUCUGCGUUUCACGAAUAUUAGACAUCUUGAAUUGAUAAUUGAUUACUCUUUCUUUAUCUGUGUAACAAAAAAAGAUUCAGUAGCGUUAAAGAAAUAUUGUUAUUAUACAAUGUAUUUCCGUUAUCGUCGCUUUAAGUGUGAUAAUUAUUGUCAAUUACGAAUAUAAAUUUGUUAAAACAUCGAGAGCCGGAGACAAAUGCGCGCGAGUAAAAUUAACAAUGCUGUUUCGUCUGUUUAAGCAUAAUUAGAUGCCUGUAUAAGCAACCGGAACGUGUUUUGAAGAUACACCUGCGUGCAACCGACGAAGGAUGCAACUAAACAAUCGAGCAGUGCCAGUGCAUGUACCACACAUUUGUACAAUAUACAUACGAUAUAGAACGAGACGUAACAUAAUGUAACGUAUAGGACACGCAUACACUUACUAUUCCCCGUAGAAAUAUCGAGGUUGUAAAACAAACGAUAACCGUACGAGUACAUUUAUAUAGAAUGUAUACUGUAAACGAAGUGACUGUGUAAAAGCGGUAUGAUGGACUCGUAACUUGUGACCUAUUUAUAACGUGACCGCCGAGUGCUGAAAAUAUAAAAUGUCUACAUGGUAUACAGUGA